AGCAGGCAAGUAGCAACUACGCCCACAAAUGAUCAAAAGGGAUACCGAAGAAAAAUGCUCAAAGACUAAUUUAAGGGAACUACAGCAAGUCAAACAUGGCUGAGGAAACUUAAAGAAAGGAGACAAUCCGAUUCAGGAAAAAAAAUGGAAGAAUCAAAAUUCUGAUCUCAAGUACCGAGCAAGGGAAGGGGUUAGUACCGGUUUCCAUUUUGGGUCGAGUGUUACACGCCCCGAUUGAGACAGUAUCAGAAAACCUAAUUGUGGAAGAUGCUUCAAAUUUUGAUUUUACGUUCCUUUAGAAUCCUCCUACUGCUCUGGGUUUUACUUCCAUCGUCAAUUCAAAUCGUAGAUGGCGAUGAAGAUUACCCUACCCAGCUUUUAAGCGCAGCAAAAGAAGACAAAGAUUGGUUGAUUUCAAUCAGAAGGAAGCUCCACGAGUACCCUGAACUCCUUUUCCAAGAAUACAACACCAGCGCCCUUAUUCGCAAUGAACUCGAUAAACUUGGCGUUUCUUACACAUACCCAAUUUCCAAGACUGGUUUUGUAGCUCAAAUUGGCACCGGGUCUCCUCCAGUUGUAGCUCUUCGAGCUGACAUGGAUGCCCUCCCUUUGCAGGAGCUGGUUGAAUGGGAUCAUAAGAGUAAAAUCGAUGGAGUAAUGCAUGGAUGUGGACAUGAUGCUCACACAACCAUGCUUCUUGGUGCUGCUAAGUUACUUAAUAAGAGAAAAGACAAUCUAAAGGGAACUGUUCGAUUGAUUUUCCAACCUGCUGAAGAAGGAGGUGCGGGUGCAUCCCAUAUGAUAAAAGAAGGAACCAUUGCCACCCUUUCAGGACCUAUGUUAGCUGCUGUAUGCUUCUUUAAAGCUAAGAUAGAAGGUAAAGGUGGUCAUGCUGCUGAACCUCACAACAGUGUGGACCCCAUACUUGCUGCAUCAUCAACGGUUUUAGCCUUGCAACAAUUGAUCUCUAGAGAAUUAGAUCCCCUCCAAAGUCAAGUGCUAUCGGUUACUUAUGUUAGGGGUGGAAGUGCAUCGAAUGUUAUUCCACCAUAUGUUGAAUUAGGGGGAACACUCAGGAGUCUUACUACUAAAGGUUUGCAACACCUUCAACAACGGGUGAAAGAGGUGAUUGAAGGACAGGCAGCUGUUCAUAGAUGCAAAGGUACAGUUGAUAUGAUGGAGAAUGAAUACCCUCCAUAUCCAGCCACCAUUAAUGACGAGAGCUUGAAGAAGCAUGUGGACAUGGUGGGUUCAAUGGUGCUUGGUUCAGAUGGAGUGAAGGUGGCUAAGAAGGUGAUGGCUGGAGAGGAUUUUGCUUUCUAUCAGGAAGUGAUUCCUGGAGUCAUGUUUGGAAUUGGAAUACGUAAUGAGGGUGUUGGUUCAGUUCAUUCACCACAUUCUCCUUAUUUCUUUCUUGAUGAAGAUGUUCUUCCCAUUGGUGCAGCUUUACACACUGCUAUUGCAGAGUUAUAUCUCAAUCAACAUCAAACCCCUUUCACUGUGUAAAAAGGUUCAUAAGUUUAAUUAUGACAUUUGCUAAAAGAUUCUAUGUAUUGGGAUGAUGUAAAUGUAUAUAGAGUAAUACAAGGUACAUGUCCUUUAUCUCUUGAACAUGUUCUUUCUCAUUGCAUCUUAAUUUUUAGGUGAAUCUU